CAAAGCGGCCUUCACCGAGAAAUCUCUGUUUGCAGAUUUGGACACGGGAUUUUGGGAGUCUGCCAACCCUAAUUUGCACCCGCAACGUAAACACAUCGUCGGGUCGCGUCUCCUGACGUCACACACUGACGUAUGGCUGAUAGAGAAUACGCUUACGACCCGGUGGGCACCGGCGCGCCAGUCAACCAACAGGCGUACAGAAUGGAGGCGGGACAACUGUGGCGGCAAUACAUCAUCGCCGGCGUCGCGAACAUCGCGAUCGCCUCGACGGGUUACUCUAUGGGAUGGACGUCCCCUGUCAACCCGAAGCUGGGCAACUUAACCUUAUCCCCUCUGCCAGAGCCCAUCACCUCCGACCAAGGGUCAUGGAUCGGCUCGCUGCUCACCGUGGGGGCUAUCUUCGGUCCGUUCAUAGCCGGUUUCCUGGCGCCCCGGAUCGGCCGCAAGUGGGGUCUAAUGUCCUGCUCCAUCCCCCUGUUCAUUGGCUGGAUCCUCAUCGCUGCGGCGACCAACGUCGGCCUCAUUUAUGCCGGCAGGAUCUUUUGGGGUGUCGCCGUCGGAAUGCUGUUUACGAUAUCGCCUAUGUACUGCGCUGAAAUUGCUACCGAUGACUCCAGAGGCGCGCUGGGCUCGUUCCUGCAAGCUUUCAUCACCCUGGGUUUCCUGCUGAUCUACGGCAUUGGUCCCUUCGUCUCGUACAGUGUCAUCGCCUACGUCGGUGUGGCGUUUGUCGCUGUCUUCACCGUCUCCUUCUUCUUCAUGCCUGAAUCUCCCAUCUAUUAUUUGUCUAAGAAUAACAGGGAAGCGGCCGGUGAAUGCCUGGCGAAGAUCAGAGGCAAAUCCCGCGCAGGCGUCGAAGCAGAGCUGAGUCUGAUGGCUGCUGACAUCCAGGCUUCCAUGGAGAAGACUGCUUCGAUAUCCGACAUAUUCAAGGGAGGCAACUUCAAGGCGUUCUACAUCUCCUGCGCGCUGGUGUUCUUCCAGCAGUUCAGUGGUAUCAACGCUGUACUUUUCUACAUGACCAACAUCUUCGAAGCUGCUGGAUCUGACUUGGAUGCCUCCAUUGCUACCAUUAUUAUUGGUGCUGUUCAGGUGGUUGCGUCCUUGAUAACUCCUUUCGUAGUGGACAGACUUGGAAGGAGGCUACUUCUGCUGGUAUCAUCCUGUGGAACUGCCAUUGGACUGGGCCUUCUCGGCAUGUACUUCCUCCUCGACGAGGUCAACAAGCCAGCGGCAUCGAACCUUGGCUUCCUGCCCAUCUUGUCACUGGUACUCUUCAUCGUCACCUACUGCUGGGGGCUCGGCCCACUGCCGUGGGCGGUCAUGAGUGAGCUGUUCCCCAUCGAGGUGAAGGCUAAAGCGUCGCCGAUUGCUACUGCCUUCUGCUGGGUGUUAUCAUUCUUGGUUACCAGGUUCUUCGAGCCUAUAGCGAACGCGACGGGCAUGUACACAGCGUUCUGGAUAUUCGGCGUGUGUUGCGUUUGUGCCUUCUUCUUCACUCUGUUCCUGGUUCCCGAGACCAAGGGCAAGAGCUUCCAGGAGAUACAGGACAUGCUUGCUGGCAGGCCUGCAAAGGAGAAGUCAGAAAAGGCAUAAAUUAAGAAACAAGAAUUUUACCAGCGAAUUUUAGGCAGUGUUCGUAUAUGUAAGGAUAGACUUAUGCUAUGUAUUAAUUAAUAUAUUUUAUACGUAAUUUUAUUUUUUAUGUGAAGAUUUGAAUCGAAAAUAUUAAAUGUAAUUUACUGAUGGCAAUACUGAUUGAAGUCUAUAAUUGGUGGAAGUUUUUUGAGUUUAAAAACGUAAGGAUAGAAAGGUUUAAUAGGGUACAGAUAGCCAUGCCACAAAAUAGCAUGCUUGUGAUGAGCAAGCCAGUAGUAUUAAAUCGAAUGUUGAGCGAUUUGACGUCAUAUUAAAGUAUACAAUUAAAGAGCAAGCCACUAAAUAGGCAGGGCAGUAAAUAAGCAAGUCACUAAAUAGGCAAGGCACUAAAUGAGCAAGCCACUAAACAAGAAUGCACAAAUGUAUCAGUAUCCGUAAGGUUUCUGUGCUCAAAAUUCAGAGUUCAGACCAAUAUUGCCAACAUAAUUAAUUUAUAAUUUAGUUUUAAUUGAUGACCACCCAUUUUUGAUUCGAAUCUUCGCCCUUAGAGCCUUAUUGAUAUCGCAGAUUGGUAUUUAAAACUGUCUGCAACGAUAUUUGACUAAAAUAGUUAAAGCAAUUCCAGGGUAUAAAUAUUUUUUUAAAUAAUCUACACGAUUUUAAGAACGGAUUUACAUUUAUAAAGGACUUUAUAAACUUAGUAUUGUCAUUUUAAAAGAUUAUUAAUUUUAUUUUUGUCAAGCCAAAUAAAGGGGUUGGCAAGUCGGCACUAUUGAUUCGGAAUCGGCUUAAGCCAAACAAAAACGACUGCUUCUACUACCGCGAGCAGUCUCGUGGCGGGAAGCUUGCUGACACCGAGCUGUCUGCUAAUUUUUGUUGCCAAUAUUUAACACGUUGACAGUCGUGAUCCAAAUAUGGAUCAUGACGGAGUAGCUCCAUACGUCCGUGACCCACACUUGUUCAGUGCCAUGAGUGUGGCCUUUGAAAGUUCUAUUUUUUCAUGAUAGUAAGAGAUAUGGUUUACUUUCUAUUGAACUCAAUAGGUAUUGUGAAGUGUUUAGAAUUAGAAUAUAAUAAUUAUUUCCGUUUUUAACAGGACGUAUAUAAAAUUUAAGUAAUAAGCGGGACUUAUAACGAAGUCAAAACAUUUUGUAUGGGGACUGUCAACGUGUUAAACUAUAUCGCAAGACCACGACUUAAAAGCCAAAUUUGAGUGGUUUUAUUAGUUGCGUAAUAACAGUUGUUUAAAUGGGCUGUGACCUUAAGCCGAAUUGUGAGCAGUUUAACAUUUUUGGUUUAAGCCGGAACCGUGUCGAUAAGCGUGCGUACACCCUAAGCCUUUCACUACCAAAGUACAAAGUUAGCGGAGUUAGAACUGUGAACCAAGUGAAAUGUGAUAUAGAUUGAAUUAUUGUUAUUCUUUUGUACAUAAUUUAGAAUAUAAUUUUGUUAAUGAAUAAACGUUUUGUACGAUGUUUUUU